AAACAGCAGAGCCAGGAGGCAAGCGGGCAGGCAGCAGGCAGCGGGCAACUGUGGACAGAGGCUGGGCAUAGCAGGUCUUGGCUCCCAUGAGAACAGAGUCCGGCUCCAGUACAGAUAGAUCACUCUGAAGGGACCUCACAUACCAGAGGUCAAGAACUGUUAAGAAGGAGGUGUUGGGGGCUCACAUCUUCACCCAACCCAGGAAGGACUUAUUUUACUCCUCAGCUUGACCUCGACCCAAGUCUGUGAUUCAGCGGAGGAAGGUGGAUCUGCAAAGAAUCCAAGGAGGCUCCAUGAAGAGCAGCUACUAGCACUCACACAGAUCACCCACCCCACACCAAGAAGCUACUGCUCCUCAUCUCCAAGGAAAGGACCAUAAUGCUGAGCCCUCACUUCCCGCCUUCAUCCCUUGGGGCCAGUGAAGGGAGGCCUGCCACAUAUGCCUUUCAGAUUCCUGAUGGAAGCUAUAGGUGCCUGGCUCUAGAAGCUGAGGAGAGCAGCAGUGAGGAGGGCCUGCAGGUAGAGGUGGGGCUUCUGGAUCUGGAAGAAGAUGAAGUGGCCAACAGAAGCAGAGACACCCAAGGAAUAUCACAGCUUCCCAGAGCUCUGGGCAUCCAGCCACUCAGCUGCUCCAGGGAGGAACAAAGUGGGUCCCAGCAUGAGGACAGGUCUAGCCACUGGGAUGUGGUACAGUCCAGGCAGGUGUUAAUAGCCACCUCCAGCCCUAUUCCUGGGUCAAGAUCAGCCCAGAAACCAGCACUGGGCCAGAGCACCAGCUUUCCUGAGAAGGAUCUGAAGGAGGCCAAGGCACGGAGCCAGCAGAUUGCAGCCCAGCUGACCACCCCUCCCAGCUCUAACUCCCGCGGGGUCCAGCUCUUCAACAGGCGCCGGCAGAGGGUGAACGAAUUCACGUUGGAGAGCUGUGGCCAGAGGCCACCAAAGCCCAGCCCAGAGGACCCCCAAGCCCACUGCGCAAGUCCUACAGGCCAUGCCCUAGAACUCAGCUUGAGCCCCACUUCCCUGCCCAAGCCAGGCCCUCCAAAGCACUUGAGCUCCCAGAGUCCCAACAGGGGGUUCCCUAGCCAUACCAUGGAGGGGUAUUCAGAGGAGGCCAGUUUGCUGCAACACCUGGAGAAGGUGGCCAGUGAGGAGGAAGAGGUGCCACUGGUGGUUUACUUGAAGGAAAAUGCAGCACUGCUGACAGCCAAUGGGCUCCACCUGUCUCAGACCCGAGAGGCCCAGCAGUCCCCACUGAGCCCUUCUGCAGCGGAGGUACACGGUUCAGCUGUAGAUGCCAAUCAGAACCUUUCGUCACCCAGUGCCAUACUCACCACAGCAGCCUCUGCCAGCCACCAAAACCAGCCAGCUGCUGAUGUCAACCAGAACCCUCCAGCCACCGUCACCUCACUGAGCCUGUCACAUUCUGUGGUCCAACAGAAUUCAUUUGAGGCACAGUGCCCUGUGAAUGGCAUGACCCCUGAUUUCAAAUCCAGCACCCCAAGUGCUGACGGGCAACCCCAGGUGCCAGCAGAGGAGGUGAGGUCCAGCAUACUCCUGAUUGAUAAGGUGUCAGCUCCACCUGCUUCCACAAACACCUUCUCCAGAGAAGCUACUCCCCUCUCUAGCACUGGACCUCCAACCACUGACCUUAUGUCCAGCUCCCUGCUUAUAGACGUCCAACCCAGUACCCUAGUAUCUCCAGCAGAACAAGAGAUGUCUGGACGCACACCUGCUACCAUGCCCACCAAGGUGUACAGUGAAGUCCACCUCACACUGGCCAAGCCCCCAUCGGUGGUCAACAGGACGGCCAGGCCUUUUGGGGUCCAGUCAAGCACCAGUCAGAUGGAGCAGAGCCCCAUGAUAGGGAGAAAACAUCUUGGGGAGAAGGUCGCGGCUUCCCAGGCCACCACCAUGAUAGACAGGAGUCCACGACCACAGAGACAUGUGAUAUCCCAAAGCCCCAUGGUGGAAAGGAGGCUGGUGGGGCAGCGAAGCCCAGCUUUGGAGAGACGCCCCUUGGGGAAUUUUACCCCGCCCCCCACCUAUGCAGAGACUUUGUCCACAGCCCCCCUGGCUUCCCGAAUUAGGUCUCCCCCUUCUUAUUCCGCCCUGUACCCAAGCUCUGACCCCAAGCCUUCUCAUCUGAAGGGCCAGGGAGUUCCCACCAGCAAGACAGGCAUUUUGGAGGAAUCAAUGGCCCGCCGUGGCAGCCGGAAAUCCAUGUUCACCUUCGUGGAGAAGCCCAAGGUGACCCCAAAUCCAGACUUGCUAGACCUGGUACAGACGGCAGAUGAGAAACGGAGGCAGAGAGACCAUGGGGAGGCAGGUAUGGAGGAAGAGCCCUUCGCCCUGGGCGCUGAGGCCUCCAAUUUCCAGCAGGAGCCAGCAGCUCGGGACAGAGCCAGCCCUGCGGCAGCUGAGGAAACUGUCCCUGAGUGGGCCUCCUGCCUCAAGUCACCCCGCAUUCAGGCCAAGCCAAAGCCCAAACCUAACCAGAACCUCUCUGAGGCCUCGGGGAAAGGGGCUGAGCUCUAUGCCCGCCGCCAAUCAAGGAUGGAGAAAUAUGUCAUCGAGUCUUCAGGUCCCUCUGAAUUGGCUCGCUGUCCUUCCCCCACCAUGUCUCUGCCUUCAUCCUGGAAAUACUCUACCAAUGCCCCUGGGGGCUUCCGAGUGGCAUCCCUAAGCCCAGCACGGACCCCACCUGCCUCGCUUUGCCACGGCUACCUACCCGAGAAUGGAGUCCUGCGUCCAGAACCCACCAAACAGCAGCCGUACCAGAUGCGGCCCUCACUCUUUGUCCUAUCUCCCAUCAAGGAACCUGGCAAGGCCUCCCCCCGUACUGCCUCCUCACGCACUGCUUCCCCUCGAGCUGCCUCCCCUGCCAAGCCUAGCACUCUGGACCUGGUGCCCAACCUACCCAGGGUGGGUCUCCCACCGUCUCCUGCUCUAUCUCGGCCUUCUCGCUCCUCUCCAGGCCUCCAGCCUUCUGCUGUGAGCCCUACAUACAGCAGUGACAUCUCCCCAGUGUCUCCUUCCAGGGGGUGGUCCCCCCGAGCCAAGCAGGCCCCCAGGCCCUCCUUCUCCACUCGGAAUGCCGGGAUCGAGGCCCAGGACCGCCCGCAGAGCCGGCCCGCCUCCCCGCCCUGGACGCCCGGCACGUCCCGGCCCCCCAGCAGCCUGGACGGCUGGCUCAGCCCCGGGCCGUGGGAGCCGGGUCGCGGGAGCAGCGUGAGCAGCCCGCCGCCGCCGCCGCCGCGCACGUCCCCUCCGGGCAGCGAGCGCCCGGUCUCCCCGCUGCGCCCCGAGAGCGAAGGGCGCCCCCCGAGCCGCCAGCUGCAGGCCCUCCUGGCUCGGAACAUCAUCAACGCGGCCCGGCGCAAGGGCGCCUCCCCGCGGCCGGCGGGCGCGGAACCGCCGCGGCCCUUUUCCCCGCCGCCGCCGCCGCGCAUGCGCUCCUCGCCACCGCGCAUGCGCUCCCCGCAGCCCGCCCGCUCGGGCGCGGGAGGUGCGCGCGGGGCCGAAUUCGCCCAAGUCGGGCGGAGCCCGCGGCCGGCGCGGUCCUUGCUCUGCUCCAGCCCCCUGAGCCCGGAAACCGCGCCGCCCAGGCCCAGCCCCUACCGCCGCUCGCCCACGGACUCCGAUGUGUCCCUGGACUCCGAGGACUCCGGGGUUAAGUCUCCGGGCAUUCUCGCCUACAACAUCUGUCCCCGCGGGUGGAACGGCGGUCUGAGGUUAAAGCGUGGGAGCCUCCCCACCGAGGCCUCCUGCACCACCUAACGCUUCGCUUCCUCAGAGCCCUGGGAAGAAGCGUGAGGCUUUGCUGUCCUAGCACCGAGACCCCAAAGGGUCUGACUUUAUGGGAUAGAGACCCAAAUAUGGGUUCUAGUUUUUGCUCUGUCAUUUACUCAUGUAACCCUGAGCGAGUCUCUUGUCACUAACCCUCAGCUAUCGCAGCUGUUUAAUGUGACUUUGGCCAAGGCAGUUUCCAAGUAUCUAAAUUUCCUCUUCCAUCCACACAGAUAUGUCUUGGAGGAGGUAGUUGUGCACGUGGCCUUUGGCCCUGUUGCAUCCAGGGUUUCAUCGUGUCCUUCUUCCCUGUGUUCUCUGUAGUCUGGCAAAUGAGGGGUGUGUUCAGAAGAACCUAGACCAUGACCCAUGCGCAGGCCCGGGCUUGAUCACCUUGGCUCCCUGACUCCAACUCCCAGGCAGGAGCAGCUGUUUUUCAUCCCUUCUCAGACAAGCUCUAUUUUUAUCUGAUGACAUUUAGACAGAUCUCCCAGACCAACUCAAGGUGCCCUGUUGGCCCUCUCCUGGGAGAGAGGGCAGGAAAACUCUCCCUAGACCCUUUCAUGCUGUCUUCUCCACCUCACCAAAGCUGGGGAGAGAACUAGAGAGCUAACAUGUGCCUUAUCUCGCUGCCCUCAAUUUGGGCUUACUUGGAAAGAGGGAGACCGAAAGAUCCUUGUUACAGAAAAUGCAAGCCAGAGAAAAUUUUAGCUUGGGGUGGGAGGGACUUCUGACUUCUGCUGUCUUCCUGCCCUGAAAUGCAUUCCAUAGUAUUAGAAAUUAGGGAGAUCUCGCUAAAGGUCACCAGAUAAAUAUAGAGCUUCUUUGAGAAGAGAUGGAAAACAGCUGCUCCUGCCAGGGAGCCAGGUGAAUAUGAUGGAGAAGAGUGGAAGUGGGGAUGGCAGGGCUUGAAUUCAGGGACAGAUAAACUAACCUCAGAGUGGGCCAGUAUUUCUGGCCACCUAGGCAAUACUCACUUCAGUUUCAGGCCCCAGCCUACUCACUGUUCAUGCCAUGUCCAAAAGAGUGUUCUAUCCAUCUCUUUCCUGUACCAUUCUGGCUUAGGUCACACCUGGUGCCGAGUGACCUUGAAGAGCCUGGUUUCAGCCUGCCCGUUAUAUCUCAGUAGUUCUGAUUCCAGUCCCUAGGAGGGACACUGAGAAGAAUAUGCUGAGUCCCAUAAUCACAAGAAUUGGUUGAUGGUGCCCCUUGCAGUCAAGAAUAUCAACUUCACAAUACUUGAGUGAGAGGGUAGAGUUGAGGAUCAGAUGUAGUGAAGUGAAAGAGUACCAAGAUGUUGCUGUGUUGCUAAUGGUGAGAGACAGUGUGGUUUUGGGUUGUUAGUAACUCACCCACCCAUCAAUUAGAUUAACAUUAAUCCUUGAACCCCUGAGUAAGUUUAGGGAAAGAUAGAAGAAUACAGUCAGAAUUAGGUGGUGUACAUUGGAUUAAAAGGGUAAUCUUGGAGAGCUUCUAGCACAUAUAGAUUCUGUUAAUGAUGGCUGGUCACAUAUACCAAAGCCUCUACCUGCUGUAGGAUCUUUUGUAGCUAAGGAGACCUGGUGCAUCCCAGGAAAGACACUGCCAGGCAUCUCAGCAGAAGCAAUGAGGUAGAUCAACUUUUACCUGCAUUUCUCUAAAGAGUCGGCAGGGGGCAGCCUUGGGAAACUGCAACUAAGUUUGUGCUAUUCUGCCAGGUUGACACCCUUCUCCCCAACUCUCUUCCCAUUAGCGCUUGCCUGUGUCCUGCCUCUUGCCUCCUGUAGAAUUCAGCACAAUAAAUGUCUCCUACCUUU